AUGAAGGCUAUUGUCUAUACGGGACUAAACACGGUCGCACUCCUCGAGCGACCCAAACCGACCAUCCAAGACCCCACGGAUGCCGUGGUACGUCUACUCCAAGCCUCGAUUUGUGGUACAGAUCUCCACAUUCUCAAGGGAGAUGUGCCGAGUAUAAAACCUGGGCGGGUACUUGGCCAUGAAGGAGUGGGGAUCGUGGAGGAACUCGGCUCUGCAGUGCAUAGUGUUCAGAUUGGAGACCGUGUAUUGAUCUCUUGUAUGACCUCAUGCGGUGCAUGCCGGUUCUGUCAGAAAGGAAUCGCCUCGCAUUGCGAAACUGGAGGAUGGGUUCUUGGGAACCAUGCCGAUGGUACUCAGGCUGAAUACGUACGCGUGCCUCAUGCAACGCUUUCACUACAUUCACUACCCGAGGCCAUCAGCUCCCACGAUGCACUCGCCGUGUCCGAUGCGUUCCCAACCGGCCUUGAGUGCGGUGUUCUCAGUGCGAACGUGCAGCCCGGCGGAUCAGUGGUGAUUGUCGGGGCUGGACCGGUCGGCAUGGCGGCUCUCCUCACUGCCCGUCUAUAUACACCUUCGCUAAUUGUGAUGGUUGAUCUAGACCAUGACCGUUUGGCGACCGCGCGGAAACUCGGUGCGCACGCUACUGUGGAUUCCUCCGCACCCGAUGCUCAUCAACAGCUCAUGGGCCUGACUGACGGCCUUGGCUUUGACUCGGUCAUCGAAGCCGUGGGAAUCCCCGCAACCUUUCAAUUAUGCCAGAAAAUAAUUGGGGUGGGAGGCAGAAUCGCCAACGUCGGCGUCCACGGCACUAAGGUGGAUUUGCAUCUGGAGAGAUUGUGGGAUCGAAACAUCAGUAUCCACAUGUCGCUGGUGAACGCCACGACAACACCCCGCCUGUUACGGCUUGUGGAAUCAGGAGCAUUGGAUGCCGGUUCCCUCGUUACUCAUCAUUUCCCCUGCGACGAAGCUAGCCGGGCAUUUGAAACAUUUCAAGCCGCAUCUCAGCAUCAGGCGCUCAAAGUGGCCAUUGACUUUUGA